CAUUUACUUCAUUUUAUAGGUGCUCUUGGGAAACCAGGGCUUUUGAAAAUUUUCGAGCUAUGAGUGAUAUGAUUGAUUUGACUGGUGAUGGAGGUGUUGUCAAGACGAUCUUGAAGCAUGCCAAAGCUGAUGCAAUUGCUCCUUCCAAGGACCUUCCUCUUGUCGAUGUUCACUAUGAAGGUACUCUUGCUGAAACUGGUGAAAUUUUCGAUACUACACGUGAGGAUAAUACUGUAUUUUCGUUUGAAGUUGGAAAGGGCUCUGUAAUUCAGGCCUGGGACAUUGCAUUAAGAACCAUGAAGGUGGGGGAGGUUGCAAAAGUAACUUGCAAGCCAGAAUAUGCAUAUGGCAGUAUGGGGUCUCCACCGGAUAUACCUCCAGAUGCAACGCUUAUGUUCGAGGUCGAGUUAGUAGCUUGCAAACCACGGAAGGGUUCUAGUCUCAGUAGCGUUUCGGAGGAGAGAGCUAGACUGGAAGAGCUGAAGAAACAGAGGGAGCUGGCUGCGGCUGCCAAGGAGGAAGAAAAGAAGAAGAGAGAAGAAGCCAAAGCUGCUGCUGCAGCCCGCAUUCAAGCCAAGUUAGAAUCCAAGAAAGGUCAAGGGAAGGGAAAAGGAAAAGCAAAAUAAUAUGCCCUUGUAUCACAUUUUAUGUCUUAUAAUUUGGAUAGGUACGUGAAACUGUUUUGAAGUUUAUGUCAUAAAAAUAAUAAUACUAUCAAUAGACUUAUGACAAGCUAUAGUCCCGAUGAUACAUUUAUCUGGACUCUUAGUCUUUCCGCCUAAUUUGACACUACUGCU